AUGUGUUUGUUGGUGUAUGUGUGUGAAGAAGAGGAGAGAGAGUUGGGGAGAAAACAAGCGCCGGGGGCAUGUCCAUACUGUGGAGGGAAGGUGGAAGCUGUGGAUGGUGAGAGUCGGUGGAGGCUUUGGUGUAUGCUAAUUUGCUCCAAGAUCAAGAGGAAGUACUUCUGUACUCUAUGCAACAGACGUCUGGUUCUGUAUAUGUAGAUGCCAAAAGCCAGAGUAUAUCAACGCCAUAAUCUGUUUUUGUUUUGUACUAAUAGAUAGGACUUUCAAUUUUCAUCUGUAUGUUUGAUGUUUGGCGAGUAUUCACUUCUUUUGAUCUGAAAUUCAGAAGGGUAGCAAUUCAAAUGCUGUUCAGAUGAUUCAAUCUCAUGUAGCUAUGUGUGGUGUUUAUUUGUGUCUUUGUCAAUCAUGAAUAUCAGGACUAUUUUUUAUUUAUUUAUUAUUAUUUUCAUUUUUCUUUUUUUACUUUUUUUUCCUUUGGCUUGGCAUGGAAUAUUCGAAUUGUUAGAGACCUUCGCAUUAUUAUACACAUAUUUAUAUACUAAAUUCUUUCACGAGGAAGGAUUUAUGAAUUAAUUGAAUUCUAUUGAAACUUUAGUAUCUGAUGACCACUUAAUAUUUUUUUUUCCCGAAUGUAGAAAAUUCACUUGAUAAAAAAAGGGUUUUAUGGAAUUAAUUGAAUCAUUAUUUGUAGGAAAAAUUGAAACUUCAGUACUUAAUGACCACGUUUUUUUAUUUUAUUUUUA